AUGGCCUUCCAAGCUUCCAUCCCCACCCUACCCCCCACCCCCAGCAAGAUCAAGUCUUCUGGGCUGGAAAGGCGGCAGACUUGGGUGCAGGAAGGGGUCUCCGUUCGUCACCCUGUUCCUGUCUCCCAGACACCCUUCCAGAACCAUGCAUCUGCUCCCGAGCACCCACCUGAUCACUACACAGUCCAGAACCAUGCAUCCGCUCCUGAGCACCCACCUGAUCACUACACAGUCCAGAACCGUGCAUCCGCUCCCAAGCACCCACCUGAUCACUACACAGUCCAGAACCAUGCAUCCGCUCCCGAGCACCCACCUGAUCACUACACAGUCCAGAACCGUGCAUCAGCUCCCGGGCGCCCUCCUGAUCACUACACAGUCCAGAACUGUGCAUCUGCUCCCGAGCACCCACCUGAUCACUACACAGUCCAGAACCAUGCAUCAGCUCCUGAGCACCCACCUGAUCACUACACAGUCCAGAACCGUGCAUCUGCUCCUCAGCACCCACCUGAUCACUACACAGUCCAGAACCGUGCAUCUGCUCCCGAGUGCCCUCCUGAUCACUACACAGUCCAGAACCAUGCAUCAGCUCCUGAGCACCCACCUGAUCACUACACAGUCCAGAACCGUGCAUCUGCUCCCGAGCACCCACCUGAUCACUACACAGUCCAGAACCGUGCAUCUGCUCCCGAGUGCCCUCCUGAUCACUACACAGUCCAGAACCAUGCGUUAGCUCCUGAGCACCCACCUGAUCACUACACAGUCCAGAACCAUGCAUCAGCUCCCGAGUGCCCUCCUGAUCACCUACAAGGUCUAGAGCUAUGCAUCAGCUCCCGAGCACCCUCCUGA